ACUGGUGUCUAGGGCGAUGGGCGGGGUGUGGACGUCUUCGGUAUGGCAGCCGGCGGUCUUUCUCAGUCUUGGGCUUCCUGACACCUCCAGCAAGCGAGGUCUCUUGGGCCAGCUUCGCAGUUAUGUACCCGCCGCCGCCGGCGCCGGCGCCUCACCGGGACUUCAUCUCGGUGACGCUGAGCCUGGGAGAGAGCUACGACAACAGCAAGAGCCGGCGGCGGCGCUCAUGCUGGAGGAAAUGGAAGCAGCUUUCGAGGUUACAGCGGAAUGUGAUUCUCUUCGUCCUGGGCUUUCUGAUUCUCUGUGGAUUUCUGUAUUCUCUUCAGGUGUCUGACCAGUGGAAAGCUCUGAGUGGCAGCCGUGCAGAAGUAGAGAAGAUGAAGCUAGAAGUCCUGCCUGUCUUACCAGCUCCUCAGAAGGAAAGUGCUGAACCAGAAGGGUUUGCAGACAUACUCUCUCAGAAGCGGCAAAGGCAUUUGCGGCGGGGCCCUCCACACCUGCAGAUCAGACCCCCCAACACCGUCUCCAAAGAUGGGAUGCAGGAUGAUGCUAAGGAGAGGGAAGCAGCCCUGGGGAAGGCUCAGCAGGAAGAAAACACCCAGAGAACCGUCAUCAGCUGGCGGGGAGCAGUAAUUGAGCCUGAACAGGCCACUGAACCUCCUUCCAAAAGAGCUGAAGCCUCCAUCAAGCCUCUGUUUUUGGCGUCCAGGAUAUGGAAAGAGCCAGUUCCCCCAAAUGAGCGCCAGAAGGGAGUGAUUGAGGCCUUUCUCCAUGCUUGGAAAGGUUACCAAAAGUUCGCUUGGGGCCAUGAUGAACUGAAGCCUGUGUCCAAAACCUUCAGUGAGUGGUUUGGCCUGGGCCUCACCCUGAUCGAUGCCUUGGAUACCAUGUGGAUUUUGGGUCUGAAGCAAGAAUUUAAGGAAGCCAGGAAGUGGGUGUCGGAGAACUUACACUUUCAGAAGAAUGUCGACGUCAACCUGUUUGAGAGUACUAUCCGAAUCUUAGGGGGCCUGUUGAGUACCUACCACCUGUCUGGGGACAGCCUCUUCCUGAGCAAAGCCGAAGAUUUUGGAAACCGGUUAAUGCCUGCCUUCACUACACCCUCCAAGAUUCCAUACUCUGAUGUGAACAUUGGCACUGGAUUUGCCCACUCGCCCCAGUGGACUUCAGACAGCACGGUGGCAGAAGUGACAAGCAUUCAGUUGGAGUUCCGAGAGCUCUCCCGUCUUACCGGGAUUAAGAAAUUCCAGGAGGCCGUGGAGGAAGUGACAAAGCACAUCCACUCCCUGUCUGGGAAGAAAGACGGGCUGGUGCCUAUGUUCAUCAACACGAACAGCGGCCUCUUCACCCACCCGGGAGUGUUCACCUUGGGUGCCAGGGCUGACAGCUACUACGAAUACCUGCUGAAACAGUGGAUCCAGGGUGGCAAGAAGGAGACACAGUUGCUGGAAGACUAUGUUAAAGCCAUCGAGGGGAUCAAAGCUCAUCUGCUUCGACAGUCUCAGCCCAGAAAGCUCACCUUCGUGGGAGAGCUUGCCCAUGGCCGCUUCAGUGCCAAGAUGGACCACUUGGUGUGCUUCCUGCCAGGGACGCUGGCCUUGGGCGUCCACCAUGGCCUGCCGGCUGACCAUAUGGAUCUGGCUCGGGCACUCAUGGAGACCUGCUACCAGAUGAACCAGCAGAUGGAGACAGGUCUGAGCCCUGAGAUUGCACAUUUCAACAUGUACCCUCGAGCAGAUCAUAAAGACGUGGAGGUCAAGCCGGCUGAUAGGCACAACCUGCUGCGGCCGGAGACCGUGGAAAGCCUGUUCUAUCUGUACCGCGUCACAAAAGACCGCAAGUACCAAGACUGGGGCUGGGAAAUCCUGCAGAGCUUCAAUAAGUACACACGGGUUCCCUCGGGUGGCUAUUCUUCUAUCAACAACGUCCAGAAUUCCCACAAGCCUGAGCCCAGGGACAAGAUGGAGAGCUUCUUUGUGGGAGAAACACUGAAGUACCUCUACCUGCUGUUUUCUGAUGACCUGGAGCUGCUCGGCCUGGACACCUGUGUGUUUAACACAGAAGCUCAUCCCCUGCCCAUCUGGUCUCCUGCCUAGGAGAGCACCUGGCCUGGGCACUAAUGGAGACCAAGGUGGUCCUGUUGGUCUGUGACCUUCACAGGGCGGCUUCACAAGCUGGCAGGAUGCUCCUGCCCAGUUAUAGGUCUCUCCUGAUUCAGCUUUUCAUGAAGGUGGUGGGAGGGGCAGGAGUCAGAUCAGCAGGUAUGGGUUCUGGGAUUUAGGCUGGUGAGUCUACCAAACCUUUGACUUCCUCAAAACCUCAUAUCAUGGCUCACGAUUCCCAUGCCUGAAUGACCCUGUUGGCUGGCUGCCGGCAGCCCCAUGGUAGUACCAAGACUUCUUAUCACCUCCUGGGACCACCCAGGACCCCAGUGCCUGUAUUGAGUUCAGAGUGAUAGCCCAAGCCAGUGAGGUGCUGGGCUUGGCCCAAUGGCCUAUAAAAGCCCUGAUUCCGCUGGCCCAGUGUGACCUUGAGGGUCCUUGUGGCUCUAGUGUUUACGGGUUGGACUCAGGGAUCCUCCUGGCUACCCUAGUGGGCUGGCAGGGGCUAGAACAGCAAAUUUGUCUUAUUCCCAGGAUAACCCUGGUACAAUGUGAUUUCUCAUCCGAGAAGAAAGUGGACUUGGUCCCACUGUAAUGAGUCUUGGGGAGAGGAGGAAAGGGGUGGUGUCUGUUUAGACUGACCUUAAGGGGAUAGCAAGUUCUCUUGAUAAUAUCUCAGUAACUACCCCUAAAGUCAGAGUUCCUGCCCACUUCAGGUAGGAAGACCAAGCUGGGAAAAGCAGGCUUUGGGACCAUUAUACAAACAGGCCAGGAUGCUCAGCUGUGCUAUCUCAGAGUGGUCUGUGAAGAGCGUCUGCUGCUGCUGGCCGACAGCUGCAUGGUAGUUUGCACCUUGACGUCCGAACUCAUGGAGUAGGCCUGGCCUAUCUUUGACGAGUCGUUACUAGAGCGUCCGUCCCUGGGCCUUGGCUAGGAUUCCUUAUCCAAGCAGCACAGCCUAGGACAGAGCAGACAACCUAAGGACCUUAAGGCUCUGGGCCUGUGUUCCCUGUGCUCCGAGAUGGGAACUCCUUGCCUGCAGCUCAAAGCGUCUCAGUGGCAGCCUGCGCCUCUGAGGUACACUAGUUGCUCUGGGAGUUUCCUGUCAAACACUUGUACCCCAAGCCAGUCCUAACACCAGAAGUCUACAAAGAAGGACCUGGCUGGUAACAUGUCCUUAGUCUCGAAUUCAUGGGCAGAAGCUCUCCCCCUUCUCCCCCCAAAUCAGUUGUAGUCCCUCCCACUGAUGUUAGCUUCUCCCUACGCUGUCCUGUGCCAGGAGCCCCAUAGGCUUGUGAAUGGACAGGCUCUGGCUGUGGUGAAGGCUGAAGCAGUUGAGAAGUAUAUUCUCCAUCCCCAGCCUUCUCCCAGAUGUAUUCUGGAAGGUGUGGUUGGUAUCAAAGGGAUAGCAACUGCCCUGUGGCCCUCUGAAGAAUUUCUGUGGAUCAGAGUAACUGGGUAGAGGCCCACAAAGCUGGGAGCCACAUUAAAGCAGACAACAUGGGAAUGGUCCUGGGAGGGGAAGCCAGUGCCCAGGAGGGGCAGAUUUCCCCCCAUCCCUCCUCUGAAGCGGGAAACCUAAGAGCUGGAGUCUCUGCUCAAUUAAAUGUCUAACUGGUCUCAG